CAAAAACUGCAAAAGAAAAAAAUAUAUACAUACACACACAUAUAUAGAGGCAGGGAGUUGGUGAAAGGCUUUUGCCAUAAUCCACGUGAAUGAGGAUGGAAGCACAGGCAGGAUGGCUGUGGCAGCUUUAGUGGUGAGCAGCAGGGGUUUCCAGAUGUGUUUUUCAUGGGAUCUCAUGAUGGGGAGGAAGUAGGGUGAGGGCACAUGGUUUCUAAACUGAAUUCCAAGUUUCUGGCUUGAACUUUUGAGUAAGUGGUAGUGCCAUUAUGGAGCUGAAAGACUGCUAGAAGAGCAAGCGAGGGAAGGCUGGAGGGCACGCGAGGGAGAAUCUUUGUUUUGACAUGUGAAGGCUGAGAUGUCACUACACAUCUAACUAGGGAACUGUCCAGAGCUCAGGAGUGAGUUGGAACUAGAGAGAUAAAUUUGGGAGUUGUCGAAUGUAAUUGGUUAAGCCAUUCAACUGGGUGCAAUCAACUAGAGGACAAGUGUUGAUAGAGGUACAAGGACUAAACCCUCGGAUAGGUCCAUGUUUAAUGAUUUUAAAAAGGAGAAAACCCCAGCACAAGAGAUGGAGAAGGCAGCCAGUGUGCUAGAAGGGAGCCAGGUGCUCCUGAAAUCGAGCGGGUAAAGUAAGCGUGCCACAUCCUUCAGAGGAGCUGAAUAAGGUGAAGAGGAAGAAUGCAUCACUGGCUGUGUCACACGAAGGUCACUGGUCUGCCCUUUCACGGGAGUGUCGGGACGAAAGCCCUUUCAGGGUGGACUCGAAAGAGAAAAAGAAGAAGAGGACAGAUGAUAAGUCCUGAUGACCCUUUUGAGAAGUUUAACUGAAAAAGGGAACAGAGGAAUGGAACAGCAUGUGAGGUCGAGGGAGGGCUGUUCUAGCCACAGGUAUUCCAAAGCGCCCCGUGGUGGGACAUUCAGGUUACUGUUACCACGAUGAUUUGCUGUUAUAAGUAAUGCUGCCGAAUGAAGGCCCCAUCAGGGUCUUGUUUUUGAAAAGAAAUGUCCUUGUUCUGGGUGUGUGUUUUGUCAACAUGACAUCCUACUGGUUGUGUAUUGGUUCAACACUUCUGCUUUGUGGAAAGAUGGAAGGCUCUGAGAUCAUUCACUCCAGUGUCCUUUGACCAGCACCUCCAGAUCCCCUGCAUUUCAGAGCCCACAGACUGUACCCCUGUGGACACUGGGCUCAGUUUUCUCCCAGACCAAGUCCCUUGGCCCCAGCCCCAUGGGUCCUCCUCCUGUAGUGGUGUAGCCAUACUGAAAGUUCCAGAGGGGCAGGCUGUGUUAGGCCCAUCAAAUCCUUCAUUUCCUAGAAGACUGGCCCACCCCCUUUGCACUCCUAGGGAGAGGAAGGGCCCUACUGCUCCAGACUGGAAGGCCUUCCUGAGCCAGGGCGCCCCCUGGGACCCUGCUUCUUACACAGUAGAGUUGUGUGCCAGCCAGGCCUGCCCUGUGGACUGGGCCAGAGCCCUCAGGGGCUGGCACGGGAAGGUGCUCAGCAGAGAUGCCAGCACCUUUGGAACAUCUGCAGACCCUGAGUGAUGGAUGGCUCUCAGCCACCAUGGUCAAGGUCAGUGAGCCUUGUCUUCAUCCCAGAUGGUCAAUACCAGGCUUGCAAAAGCCCUAGGGACCAUAUGAUCUUACAAAUAGGCCCUGUACACACGCACACGCACAGAAGUUGACUGAUACACACCAAUAUGAACACAGACACAUGAUGACAUAGCUAUACACAAUGUGGUUACACUGUCACGCACAUGUAGCAAUAGACACCCAUAGUCUUCUGCACACACACCUACAGACUCCCACACACAGACUCACUCCCACCCACACACACACACAAGCACACUGCCACAGCACCUUACCCUCUAUGAAGACACGCUGGCACAGGCUACACAGAGGCACACUGAGACACACCCACACCCACACUGCACACACUGUGGAAAGCGAGUGAUGCACAGUCACGGCGCACAUAUGCUGACAAAAAAGUGCAAAUGUGAUCACACCGAGACAUACGUGCAGGCUUACACACACACACUGACAUAAAUGCCUGAAAUAGAAUCUCAAAGAUACAGCACAUAGGCACACUGAAACACACGUAUGCACACAACACUUGUGCGUGCACACCACACACACGUACCCUGACAUGUGCAGUCACACGUGUACUAAUCAGCCCUGAGGUGUCCAGGGCUCUCCUGGGGCUGCUGCCCAGCCCCUGAGGGCACAGAGGUCUCCAGUCCCAUCGUAAGCUCUGCUGGAUUCUGUGUGACGUCAGCCAACCCCUUCGCUGCUGCCAGGAACUGCAAGCUCAGUGCUGGGGCCAGGCCGGCACCAGGCACAGACACUUAGGCCCUUGUUGGGAAAACAGAGAGAGGCUCUCUUGUCCACUACUCGUCCUUAGCUCCAACUGCUGGUUCUCCCAGAGACUUCUCCUCAGGCUAUACAGGUACAUGGGGCCAGGGAGGGGAGGGCCUGGCAGUGGGCCAUCAGGGUCAGCCCAGGAGAGGGUGUGGCAGAGUGGUGGGCUGUCUGAAAGAGCUCAUACCCAUGGCCUUGGCCGGAGCCAGGCUGCUCACCCUAUUCAGCAGGUCUACCCUGACAGGGCUGUGGGUAUCCCCUUCUAUCCCCUUUACUUUCUCAGUUUCUAAGGAGGCCAAGGGAAGGGUGCCUUUAGGACCCCCCUCAAGGGAGUAGAGAUGGCCGAUCUUUACCCAAAGAGACUGGACUGCAACCCUGGCCCCACAAUGAGCUAAACCUGUAGUAUUGGGAUGCACAGUGCCCAGCAGCUCCUGGGAGCAGCUGGAAUCUCAGAGCCCACCUGAUCACUGCCACAGAAUGGACUCUAGCCCGGCCGGGGCCCCCAGUCCACAGCCCUCCAGGGCCAAUGGGAACGUCCACCUGGGACCUUCAGCCAACCCAAACGCCAGGCCCACGGACUUCGACUUUCUCAAAGUCAUUGGCAAGGGGAACUACGGGAAGGUCCUCCUGGCCAAACACAAGACAGACGGCAUGUUCUAUGCAGUGAAGGUGCUGCAGAAAAAAUCCAUCCUAAAGAGGAAAGAGCAGGGACACAUCAUGGCAGAGCGCAAUGUGCUUCUGAAGAAUGUGAGGCACCCCUUCCUGGUAGGCCUGCGCUACUCCUUCCAGACUCCCGAGAAGCUCUACUUCGUGCUCGAUUAUGUCAACGGGGGAGAGCUCUUCUUCCACCUGCAGCGAGAGCGCCGGUUCCUGGAGCCUCGGGCCCGCUUCUACGCUGCAGAGGUGGCCAGCGCCAUUGGCUACCUACACUCCCUCAACAUCAUUUACAGGGACCUGAAACCAGAAAACAUUCUCUUGGACUGCCAGGGACACAUAGUACUGACAGAUUUCGGCCUCUGCAAGGAAGGUGUCGAGCCCGAGGAGACCACAUCCACGUUCUGUGGCACCCCUGAGUACUUGGCUCCCGAAGUGCUUCGGAAAGAGCCUUAUGACCGCGCAGUGGACUGGUGGUGCUUGGGGGCAGUCCUCUACGAGAUGCUACAGGGCCUGCCACCCUUCUACAGCCAAGAUGUGGCCCAGAUGUAUGACAACAUUCUACACCAGCCGCUGCAGAUCCCUGGGGGCCGGACAGUGGCUGCCUGCGACCUCCUGCAGGGCCUUCUCCAUAAGGACCAGAGGCAGCGGCUGGGCUCCAAAGCAGACUUCCUUGAGAUAAAGAAUCAUGUAUUCUUCAGCCCCAUAAACUGGGAUGACUUGUACCACAAGAGGCUGACUCCACCUUUCAACCCCAAUGUGGAAGGACCUGCUGACCUGAAACACUUUGACCCAGAGUUCACCCAGGAAGCUGUGUCCAAGUCCAUCGGCUGCACCCCUGACGCUGUGGCCAGCAGCUCUGGGGCCUCAAGCGCAUUUCUGGGAUUUUCUUAUGCGCAGGAGGAUAAUGACCUCUUGGAUUGCUAGAAGAGAAUCACCUGUGAAACCACUGAGACCAGCUUGGUAUUAGUAAGGACUUACUUCUCAGCAAAAUAAUAAUGACCUGAAUGAGAAA